CGGACGAAUCCAGAGGAAUAGAUCCGGGGUGGGGAAAAGAAAAGAAAGAACAAAAGGAGAGAGGCGGCCCGCUCUUCCACUCGUGUGUUCGUUUAUGUAUCUUCUCAUUUAUUCCCCCGAGUUACUUUAACGUCGAAAGUGCGUCGCGAAGCACUUGCAGAAUCCGCUCCCUUUGAGGUUUACGCCCACCCAACCCCCCAUGAUCUGGGCCGGGGAUAGACGCUGAUUGCUGGUGCACCGGGAGCACGACCGGACCGGAGUGAGAACCGCCGCAGCUCAGGGUCGUUUCGCUUUCCCGGGGCGCUGCAGCCAUUAACUCUUGAGCAACCGCAGGAAUCCUUUUUUCAAGCAGGUUAAAGAUGAUGGGAGAAGAGGAGAAUCUGGUGAAAGAGGAGGAAAUUCUAUCAGAGGAGGAGGAGGAAGUAAAAGAGGAGGAAAUAUUCACAAUUAUAGAGGAUGAAGAACACCUGGUGAAAGAAGAGAGAAUAUUUGUGGAGGAGGAGGAAGAGGAAGAGGAAGAAGAGGAUGAUGAGGAAAGUCUGGUGAAAAUAGAGGUGAUACUCCCAGAGAAUGAAGAAAACCUAGUAAAAGAGGAGGUACUUCUUCCAGAUGAAAGUUCCCUUCUGGAAGAAUAUGAAAUCAAUGUUUUUCAAAUCCAAGGGGAUGAAAUACCCUGUGAUAGUGAACUUGGUCCGGAGAUCUCAGGUUACAUGCCAAGAAAGAGACAUUGUAAAACCAUGCCACGGGGAGGAACUGUUGGAGAACCCAACCAAGCCACAGCCCGGAAGGGUGGAAGAAUCUAUAAGUGCCCUGACUGUGGAAAAAUCUUUAAGCGCUGUUCACCACUUAUCAGGCACCGAAGAACCCACACCGGAGAGAAACCUUACGUUUGCCGCGAAUGCUUGAAACGUUUCAGUGACAGCUCGGCCCUUGUGAAGCACCAAAGAAUCCAUGCAGGAGAGAAACCUUACACGUGUCCCGAGUGUGGUAAGAGCUUUUCCCAAAGCUCAACCCUGAUUGCACAUCAGAGAAUACACACUGGAGAGAAACCAUAUAAAUGCCCCGACUGUGGGAAGAGUUUUAGCGUGAGCUCUAAUCUUGUUGCUCACCAAAGAAUCCACACAGGGGAAAAGCCUUUUGGGUGCCCUGUCUGUUUAAAAGGUUUUCUGGUCAGCUCCCAUCUUAUCAGACACUUGAGAAUACACACUGCAGAGAAACCUUACAUUUGCAGAGAAUGUGGUGAAUGCUUUACCCAAAGCUCUCACCUCGUCGUUCAUAAGAGAAUUCAUACGGGAGAAAAACCCUAUCUCUGUUCUGAGUGUGGGAAAAAUUACCGCGGGAUCUCCGAUUUGAUCCAGCAUCAAAGGAUUCACACAGGAGAGAAGCCCUACAAAUGCACAGAAUGCGGCAAAUGCUUCAGCCAAAGCUCAUGUCUCAAGAAGCACCAGCGAAUCCAUACAGGCGAGAAACCUUAUAUGUGCCUCAGGUGCGGGAAGAGAUUUAACCGGAAUUCACAUCUGACUAGACAUCAAAAAACCCAUGCGGUGUAAUUUCUAAAGAAGAGCUCUCUGCAGAGUUCCUCUCUAUUACAGCCCCUGAAGAAAUAGUGAUGGAUGUCUCAAACAGCAAUUUGUUCCUCAUCUCCUGUAGGAUCUUUUGUCCAAAUCCCUUGAACCUAACCUGCAAGAAUAUAAUGUUUUCUUCCCUGGCACUGGUUAAAAUCCACUUUCAAGAUUCCCUCUUUUCCAUCCAAGAUCCUAAAAGGAUCUUAGAAUCUUCCCUGGAAUAUUCUUUUCCUUGUUAUGAUUUUGAAAAUGACACCCCAUUUCAAAUACCUUCAGGCGUAUCAGCCAUUACUUUUCCCCUGGAAUUCUCAGAAUAUCUUAACCUUCUACUAUCCCUCAUGUUUCCAUGAGGCUGAGAAAAGUUGUGUUGAUAGCAGUGGAGGAGAAACAAUUAGCACUCAUAUCAAACUCUGAUGAGAUAAAUCUCUUUUAUUUGCUAGUAGCAUGUGAAAACAGCAAAUAAUAUUACCACAUGAAAUUGACAUACACCCUUCAGUGGACUGCUUCAUGGCUUCAUGCUACCACAGCAGGUCAUGGUUUCAAUCCCUUGCUUUUUCAUCUUAAAAUAUCUUUGGAUAACAUGAGUGGGAAAGACUGUUGCCAUAGAACAGUACUGCUAAUUGGAAUAAAAGUGCUGGGUGAAACAGCUGAACGAUCUGAUAUAAGUUCCAGUUCUGUAUCCACGGAUGUCAUGUUACACCCUAAGAAGCACAAAAAGCAGAUGGCCUUCCUUGGUAUUACUGAAGAACAAUCUGGCAUCUUAUGUAGCCUGGUCACUGCCAUGCAUUUGUAGGCUUGUAGUGACAACAUCAGAGGUUUAAAUUAUAUGUCAUUAUUUUUCUAUUAUUAUUUGUUUUACCUUUUAGUGGCGUUUAUUGAACAUUUUGGAGUAGAUUUCUCUGUCAAGUGACAAUAGGAUAGUGGCUUAAAGACUGAAAUGCAUCGGAAAUGCUUCGGUUUCAGUGUCGCCACUGAGAUUCCUGCUUGUUGGCCUUGGCAAGUAUUUUCUUGGUGUAAAUCAGCCCCGUAAAAUUUGCAGUAUGGGGAAUUAUAGCCCUUAUUUGUUUAUAAUGUUGCAAAGGUUAUACAGGUUGAACAGCUUAAAUGUGUUCCCUACGGACACUAUUACUGUGUUUCUCCUUGGGUUUGGGCUAAUUUUCACACCCCUUGAUGGGAAAUGUGAGUUCUUCUAAUACCGGUAGUCCUCGAGUUAUGAAGGUUGACCGUUUGAAGUUACAGCAGACCUCCGCCCCGCCCCCAAAAAACCCCUCUACAUAUGACCUUGUUCCAAAGUUACAACCCCUGCAGUGCCCUCAUAGACUGACCAACCAUGGA